AUGGAAGGUGUAAGAUUGGUGGUUUUGAGAUUAGGGUUUCUGGUUUUGGUAUGGUUCCUUGAUUUCUCUACUGCUACACUUUCUCCUACUGUGACCGCUUUGGUGGCUGUAAAGAACGAAUUGAAUGAUCCCUAUAAUGUUCUUGAGAAUUGGGAUGUGAAUUCAGUUGAUCCUUGUAGCUGGAGAAUGGUCACUUGCACUGAUGGCUAUGUCUCUGCACUAGGACUUCCUAGCCAAAGCUUGUCUGGUACUUUGUCUCCUAGGAUCGGAAACCUCACCUAUCUACAAUCUGUGUUGUUGCAAAACAAUGCAAUCUCUGGUCCAAUUCCCGAUACCAUUGGAAGGUUGGAGAAGCUUCAGACACUUGAUCUUUCGAAUAAUUCAUUCACCGGGGAGAUACCGACCUCACUUGGAGAACUCAAGAACUUGAAUUACUUGCGGUUAAACAAUAACAGUCUUAUAGGAACUUGCCCUGAGUCUCUAUCGAAGAUCGAGGGACUCACUCUAGUCGACAUUUCGUAUAACAAUCUUAGUGGUUCGCUGCCAAAAGUGUCUGCCAGAACUUUCAAGGUAAUCGGAAACGCGUUAAUUUGUGGCCCAAAAUCUGUUGCCAACUGUUCUGCUGUCUUCCCCGAGCCUCUUACGCUUCCACAAGAUGUUCCAUCAGAUGAACCAGGAACUCAUACCAAUGGCCAUCAUGUAGCUCUUGCAUUCGCAGCAAGCUUCAGCGCAGCGUUUUUCGUUAUAUUUACAAGCGGAAUGUUUCUUUGGUGGAGAUACCGGCGUAACAAACAAAUAUUUUUCGACGUCAAUGAACAAUAUGAUCCAGAGGUGAGUUUAGGACACUUGAAGAGGUUUACGUUCAAAGAGCUUAGAUCUGCAACCAAUCAUUUCAACUCGAAGAACAUUCUCGGUAGAGGCGGAUAUGGGAUUGUGUACAAAGGGCAUUUAAAUGAUGGAUCUUUGGUGGCUGUCAAACGUCUCAAAGACUGUAACAUUGCGGGUGGAGAAGUCCAGUUUCAGACAGAAGUAGAGACUAUAAGCUUGGCUCUUCAUCGCAAUCUUCUUAGGCUUCGCGGUUUCUGUAGUAGCAACAACGAGAGAAUCUUAGUCUACCCAUACAUGCCAAAUGGGAGCGUCGCUUCACGCUUAAAAGAUAAUAUCCGAGGAGAGCCAGCAUUAGACUGGUCAAGAAGGAAGAAGAUUGCAGUUGGUACAGCGAGAGGAUUAGUGUAUCUCCAUGAGCAAUGUGACCCAAAGAUAAUACACCGAGAUGUGAAAGCAGCUAACAUUCUAUUGGAUGAAGAUUUUGAGGCAGUUGUAGGGGAUUUCGGAUUAGCCAAGCUUCUAGACCAUAGGGAUUCACACGUCACAACUGCUGUCCGUGGAACCGUAGGCCACAUUGCACCUGAGUACUUAUCCACUGGUCAGUCCUCGGAGAAGACCGAUGUCUUUGGGUUUGGUAUCCUACUCCUUGAGCUCAUUACAGGCCAGAAAGCUCUUGAUUUUGGCCGAUCCUCACAUCAGAAAGGCGUAAUGCUCGAUUGGGUGAAGAAGUUGCAUCAAGAAGGGAAACUAAAGCAAUUAAUAGACAAAGAUCUAAACGACAAGUUUGACAGAGUAGAGCUCGAAGAAAUCGUUCAAGUUGCGCUUCUAUGCACUCAAUUCAAUCCAACUCAUCGACCCAAAAUGUCUGAAGUUAUGAAAAUGCUUGAAGGUGAUGGCUUGGCUGAGAGAUGGGAAGCCGCACAGAACGGUGCGGGGGAAACGCUACCACCGCCGUUGCCGCGGGGAAUGGUGAGCUCGUCGCCGCGAGUGAGGUAUUACUCAGAUUAUAUCCAAGAAUCGUCUCUUGUCGUCGAAGCCAUUGAGCUCUCCGGUCCUCGGUGA